AUGACGCAGAACUUCCUGAUUGGCUCUGCAGCAGAGCCCGUGGUUCUGCGGCCGCGAGUUCUGCGAGCCGAACACGUGUUAUCUCCUGCAAGGAGUUUAAGGGUCCUUGCAGUGCCGAGAGUUGUAAUCUACGGGGCUUCUGCCAGCUCUGUCUCCCCAGUGAGAUUACCGGACACGUACUUCUGAGGGAAAAGGACUUCAGUUCCUUUCUUCCGGCCUCUGCCCUGUGGGGAGCUGCUCAACCGGAAGUUGAAUUUACCAGGUACUUGGGAAGAACCCGGAAGAGUCCCUGAAGAUGAAGCUGAAUCUCAUCAAAGUCGUUAAUGGCUGUCGUCUAGGAAAAAUACAAAACGUGGGCAAAGCAGGCGACUGCACAGUGGACAUCCCAGGCUGUCUUCUGUAUACCAGGACUGGCUCUGCCCCGCACCUGACACAUCAGACACUGCAUAAUAUCCAUGGGGUCCCAGCCAUGACCCAACUCACACUGUCAACCUUAGCAGAACAUCAUGAAGUCUUGGCAGAGUAUAAGAAAGGAGUUGGAAGCUUUAUAGGCAUGCCAGAAUCGAUCUUCUACUGCUCCUUGCACGAUCCAGUCAGCCCCGGCCCAGCUGGCUAUGUAACAAAUAAGUCUGUAUCAGUGUGGGGUUUUGGAGGUCGAGUGGAAAUGACUGUUUCCAAGUUCAUGGCAAUUCAGGAGGCCCUGCAGCCAGACUGGUUCCAGUGCCUUUCAGAUGGGGAGGCAUCUUGUACGGAAGCAGCUUCUGUAAAAAGGGCCAGGAAGUCUGUGGAUCGGUCCCUUCUGUUCCUGGACAGCUGUUUGCGACUACGGGAAGAGUCUGAGGUCCUUCAGAAAAGUGUGGUCAUUGGAGUGAUUGAAGGUGGAGAUGUGAUGGAAGAGAGGUUGAGAUCGGCACGAGAGACAGCCAAGCGGCCCGUUGGGGGCUUCCUUCUGGACGGCUUUCAAGGGAAUCCCACAGUCACAGAAACGAGGCUGCACUUGCUGUCAUCAGUCACCACAGAGCUGCCAGAGGACAAACCAAGGCUCAUCUGUGGUGUCAGCCGGCCAGAUGAAGUGCUCGAGUGUGUUGAAAGAGGAGUGGACUUGUUUGAGAGUUUUUUCCCAUAUCAAGUGACUGAGAGGGGCUGUGCCCUGACUUUCACCUUUGAUUGCCAGCUGAAUCCUGAAGAGACAUUAUUGCAACAAAAUGGAAUCCAAGAAGAAAUAAAAUGCUUGGAUCAAAUAAAGAAAAUUGAAACAACUGGGUGCAACCAAGAAAUGACAUCAUUUGAAAUUAAUCUGAAAGAGAAAAAGUACCAGGAAGAUUUUAGACCGCUCGUGAGCAGGUGCUCCUGUUACUGCUGUAAGAAUCACACUCGAGCAUACAUCCACCAUCUGCUGGUGACCAACGAGCUCCUGGCUGGCGUCCUGCUGAUGGUGCACAACUUUGAACACUACUUCAGAUUUUUCUGCUCCAUCCGGGAGGCAUUGAAAAGUGACACGCUGGCACAGUUGAAAGAACUAAUCCUCAGACAAAUGUCUUGAGAACUGGAAAAUACAAACCUGCUUGUCUCCAAAAAAACGGUAAAGACUAGAGAUCUGAGCUUUUAGCAUUUAUGGUGGAAAUGAAGACCAUCUGCCUCAAAGUGCCCAUGGGAAUGUGGAGGAAGGCCUUCUAGAGAUUGCAGUGGACCAGGUUGAGCAGAAUGAUUUCAGCCAUGACUUUUACAAUUUUCUAGGCUAUUCCACUAGUAGAUUCAUUUAUGUGACAGAGAUUUUUGAAACGAUGAUGGGGUUCUAAGAACUACUUAGAUGGGUGAGUGGAGAUGACUGUGUGAGUAGCUUGUCGUUUGGAGGCACAGCUGCUGCCUGGAGAAGAAAUCUGACUUGAACAAGGGUUUUUUGUUUCUCCUCAUGCUGUCAGGAGCUUUUAGGCAAAUGCAGACACAGGUUUAUGGAGAAUCUCUAAAAUCUUUUUAGGGGACAAUUUAAUGUCAGCAUGUUUUGAUUAGUAAAACAGAAUGUCUCCUCCAGGGUCCAACUUUUCCUUGUUAAAAAUACCAGGUGGCUAUGGUGCACGCCUUUAAUCCCAGCACUCGGGAGGCAGAGACAGGCAGAUCACUGAGUUUGAGGCCAGCCUGGUCUACAGAGCGAGUUCCAGGUCAGGCUCCAAAGCUAUAGAGAAACCCUGUCUCAAAAAACAAACAAAAUAAACAUGGCAAGACAAUCUAGUUGUAAUUCAUCAGUCAAACAAUCCAGGCAACAUGUUCUUGAACAUGGUCUUGGUUCAGAAUCCUCCAUGACUUUGAGGAACAGCAUUGCACCAGGAGAUAUUGGGUCUCUCUUCUCAAUUGAAGAUCUUGCAUUGACUGAUUUCUAGUCUUCUCUCCCAGUGUGAUUUCUCUUACAGAUAGAAACAGUUCUGCAUAGUCUGUCUCCUAAUCAACACUGAUGCCCAUUUUCUAAAUACUUGCUCUGUUUCCCAGAUGAAAUCCUUUCCUCAGACUGACAGCACACUGAACAACUGGCAGUCUCAGAAUUCCUGCGCCGAGGUGUGCUGAACAGAAGGGGGCCCACAUUUUUUUUUUUAAUGUCAAUAAGUUUGUUCUGUGGUUUGAAGUGUUUGGUGAUUGGCGUCUGCAGGCCUUGAGGCUGGUUGUCCUUCCUGGGUUCUCUGUGAUUCUAUGUUUUUGUUGGUGGCAUGACAGGGUUGUUUUGUUUUUUGUAUGUGUGCUUUUUUAUAUUCAUUUUUCUAAGGAAUACGCAAAGCAUAUAUAUAUAUGCAUAUAUAUAUGUAGUUUUUAUAAAAAUACAAUUUAAAAUACUCAUUUUUUAUAGGUACAAGAAAUGCAUUUCUUAUAUUGGCUUCAAUUUAUAGUGUGCAUUACUGAACAUUGUAUAUAGUAAUAGUAGUUAUUGCAUUUUUAUGUGUUAGAAACCCAACUUUGUUUUUCCAUUUAUCAGUGUAAUGGUUUCUCAUGGAUGCAAAGGAUACUUACAGAGACAGGUUUCUGUUCUCAAUGAUCUGUAUUGAAUGUGUUUUGUACUUGUUUAUGUUUAUAUUCUUGGUCAAUACAAACUCAUUAUUGAAGGAGUACUAAGAAUCCAUAUAAAUUUGUGAGUUUUAUUUAUGUCUAAAACACUGAAAAUUCUGUUAAACAUUGUUCAGGUCCUUAGGUCUUUUUCUUAUUAGCACGUUUGAAAAAAUCUUUUAUGUUUUAAAUGUGUAUAAAGGGCAAUAGCCAAUAAACAUUUUUAAUUUAAAAAACAAAAAA